AUGGACCAGUGUAACGACGCAAAUGCCAAUCUGAGCAUCCCGGGUUACGCCUUUGCUGUGUUACAAUGGUAUCGAGACGGGACCGCACGAAUUCCGAAAAAAACUUCGGGUCGGCGGUUCGAUUCUGGCAACCAGCAAGUCGCAAAUUGGCGAUUUCAUGGUGUAAUGGAUAAACCAGCGCACUGGCGCGAGCAUAUUGAGACUUUCCGAUCAGCCACCUUAAAUGAUCAGGCUGCAAUACCUUGCAUGGAGAAGACAUUUGCUUCAGUAUUGGAGUCAUUGAAACAGCCUGAAGAUGAGCCUCGUGCAGCUCCUAUGGCCUUUGCUCAGAAAGCCACAGAUGACCUUCAGUCUUUGCUUGAAGCAGUUGCUUCUCAAGUUCAUCCUGAUGAUAACUGUGAUGAUGAUAUGAAGACAAGCACUCUUGUUGCAGAAGAAUGGCAGAAAAGAUUUGGAGAAGGUGCUUCUAUCCAUAGAGAUGAGGAAACCCUAUUCAUGGAGCCUGAAGUGCCACCACUCUUCAGUACCUGGGGAUUCGGACUACAGCCUAGGACAUUUUCUGGUUUCUUAAAUGGUUUUCCAACAUCUGGAAUUUCUAUUGAAGAAGAUGAGGAUGGUGAGGAGGAUGGUGAGGAGGAGGAGCAGAAGGUGGCGGCGGCAGCGGCGGCAGCGGCGGCGGCGGUGGCGGCGGCGGCGGCGACGGAGGCGGAGGAGGAGGAGGAGGAGGAGGAGGAGAAGGAGGAGGAGGAGGAGGAUAUGACCAACAGGUGCUCCAAUGCACCACAGCAGCAGCUGCUGGUGCUGCUGCCGGUGCUGCUGCUGGUGGUGGUUGUGGUGGUCGUGGUGGUGGUGGUCACGGUGGAGGUGGUGCUGGUGCUGGUGCUGCUGGUGCUGCUGGUGCUGCUGGUGCUGCUGGUGCUGCUGGUGCAAAGAUAG